AGAAGGAAGAUUCGAACGCUACUCAAGUAAGCUUGAGGGAGGUAAGUGGUUCCAUGGCUGGAUCCUACAGCUGCGAAGUUUCGGCUGAUGCACCCUCCUUCCACACUGUAGUAGUAACUGCCCAUCUCGACGUCGUAGAGGCUCCAAGCGGCCAACCGACCAUUCAUGGCCUGAAACCGAGGUACAGGCCAGGAAACGUAAUUAAUGCCAGUUGUACAACGCCGGGUUCGAAACCUGCUGCAAAUCUAACCUGGUUUGUCAAUGGAGAGCAUGUUGGAGGCGAGGCCGUAAGACAGUACAGAGAAAUGGAUAGCGAGCUUAUGGAAGUGUCCAUAUCAACGAUCAAACUUCUAGCAACUCCAUCACUAUUCCCAUCAGGGCGUUUGAAACUCAAAUGCACUGCCUCCAUCUACUCCUUAUACUGGCAGACAACGGAAAAGAGUGCAGAAAUGGAAAGAGGCAGGGGACAUUUAAAUGAGAUUUUCGACAACGAUCUCAACAACGAAGAUCACGAGUACUUACCUUCUUCCGGGGAGGAAUAUAAUGACAAAGGUACGGAAAGCAGCCAAACUGGCUCAGCAGCUCACGUCAUACGACUUGACUUAAAUUAUCUAAUUUACUUCAGUGCCAAUUUAUUACUUAAUAUUCUAAUAUUGCAACUGUAGAUUGUCAACGACCAAUUAAAUUUCAACACUGUGAUCGAACAUAUUAUAAUUCAUUAAAAUGAAAACUUGAGCAGCUUCAGAGUUAUAUCCGACAGACUGAAAUUCUAAACAGUAUUAACAUAUAAGAUAAAAACGGCAACAUAAAAUUGAUUUUGUUUAGGUUCCUGGCAAAUGAACUGAAAACUGUUACAA